AUGACUGCUCGCAGAGAGCAUCGCUUAAAAGAGGUUGUGGAAAGGUGUAAGAAACUGUCUCCCAAACCAACUGCUAAUCAUGCCUAUAUUGUCGCCGACAUGAGGGAGCUAGACAAAACGAAGAACGUUAUAACGUAUAGUGUGGACAGUCUGAAAGGUCUGGACAUACUGGUACUUAACCAUGCCAGGAUAUCCGUCUCCAACAUGUGGUUUGGGAGCCAGCAGAACCUGACAGAUAUGGCAAUGGAGAUGGACAUCAACUUUAGAUCAUACGUGCAACUCGCCUCACAUGCACUUCCACACUUACUGAAGAGCAAAGGGAGGAUUGCAUUUGUUUCCUCUACAGCAGAAAAGGUCCCAGUGCCAGGAAUGGCAGUGUACACGGCGUCAAAGCACGCAAUCCAAGGGUUCUUUGGUGUACUUAGGCAAGAGAUGGUGAUGAGAAACACAGGUGUUUCCGUCACUUCGUGCAUAGUGGGCGGGACCAGAACAGAAAAUGUGAUGGAGUUAUUCAAACAGAAAUUUGGAGAGGAAAAGUUGAAGGGGCUUAACUUUGCGGAUCCAACAGCGGUUGCUUUGGAGAUCGUCAAGGCAACUGUUGCUAGGCAAUACGAAGUGUUCACGAGUUCCGAUAAAUGGUCAUCAAUAUUGAUGUUCCUCGGAAAAAUAUCACCAGAAUUUGCUGACCAAGUUACCCUGAAAGUACUUUUUGAGUAGAGAAACAGUGACUGAGAAAAAUGCAAAAUAUAAACUUGAAAUGUAUUAAUAAAAUCGUACUGCAUAUUUUGCCUUUGUUAAACAAUACAUAAGAAUUAUUUUAUGGAAAAUAUGUAUGAUAGAUUUUUAGAAAUAAAAAAGUGUUUUGCGUUUUUACACAAGAGGGGUCUUGGGA